GCGUUCAUGAGCCUGAUCCUCUUAGACCGGAAAUUUGCUACUGCAAAACCAUUUAUGGGGAACGAACUGCAAAAGAGUUUGGCUAUUUCAAGAUUCUGCCAAGAGGAUGCACACCAGAUCAAGAAGAAAAGGCGAGGAAGAAAGCUGCGUUUACAAACACUGUGGUGGUUCGCGAAGAUGCCAGUACCGAGGAGAAAGAAGCAGCUAUGGAGGAGGCUGAGCAGGCAUGGGAGAGGAAUGGCAGGAUUGCCGCCUGGGGCUGUAGGUGGUUUCAGGUCUGGAAGGAAAAAGUUGAGGAAGCAGUCAGACAGGAACAAACUCUGAAGGUGGUCUUUUUCCCUGGCCAAGUGGGCCAGGGCAAAGUUGCAUGGAAAGACCUCGCCACAGUACCAGACCUUUGGGACGGCAUUGGCUGCGGUGGUUCCCAGAAGUGCGAAGUGGCGUAUUUGGACAUGAUGCAAGAGAAAUGUGGACAGGAUUGGCAUUAUGAAGGUGUUGAUGUGGUCAAUUUUUUGAAGAACGAGUUUGCAAAGGGCAAAGUCGUCAAUGCAUUUGAUGGCAAGCAGUGGUGCAGAGGAGAGCUACUGGCUCGGCCGACCCUGGGAUCAAGAUCUAAGCCGUCUCCAGAAGAUCCAAACAAAAAGGAGCAGGUUCUCCAGUGCAGAGUUCAAUCCCAUGGAAAAGUUUUUACCACAGAAAGGGUGCGCCAUCGAGAUGAUAUCCAAAAACUCCUUCAUUCAGUUGGCAAAGACCAGUUUUUGGAAAUCAUGAAACAGAUCCUCCCAGAUGACGUGAAGAUUGUCCGCCAUGAAGACUCCAUUCUUCCCAAUGGCACAGAUUGCUUGCAAACUGAAAUUCAGGUGGAAACCGUUGAAGCAAUGCAAGAGCUCCGCAACGCAAUUCUGAAUCACAAUUUCGAGAUUAGCCUGAACCAGGAACUGCUUGCAAGGCAACACGGGACAUUGCAGCUUUGCGUUAACAAGACACACUUUUGCCAAAGCUACGAGCAGCAGCUCUUGAGCAUAUCAAAGCUGACGCGGCAUCAAGCUGAGAAAUACAAGGAAAUUAAAGAAAAGUUGUCAACAGCUGUACAUUUAUCGUCUGUUGCUGGAGCAGGGAAAACGUUCCUAGCUGUUGAACUCAUGAUCGAUGCCUUGAAGCAAAACUCGUCAGGACAGGUGCUUUUUGUCGCACCAUCUGCAUCAUUGUCUUUGCAUUUCCUCCGUUGGCUGGGACGGAGGGCAGCGCGGGAAAAGUUUGACUUCGAAGGUUUGCUCGACAGAGUUCUUGUCAUGAUUCCUCCAUACAAAUGCUUGAUGAAGUGCUGUAUCAAAGAUAAGUCCAUAGAUUUGAUACCUUGCCUGCCAGCCAGCGAUCCAGCAAAACAGUCAUUGCUUCUACAAAUUAUUGAUGAAGCCCAAGAUGUAUUCUUCGACAAUGUGCAUCAUGAUUUUCUUCACAGUAUCAGCAGUGGCUGCAAAAGGCAGUUGCUGUUAUCCAGCCAAUGCCAGUGCUCAUCAGUCCCUCAAGAACUAUUCCCUGACAUACCAACAAUCCGCUUGACAGAAGUAAUUCGCAGUACCCAACGGAUAGUGGCAGGGGCAGCGGUUUUUCACUCAGCCGCCAGGGUCAAAGAAAACUUGAAAUCAGUGUGCCCUGACGGACCACCAGUGAAAACAUUCAUUUUCAAUCGUCCUGCAGGCAUUGACAGCGUUGACCGCCACGUGCUGUACGAUGUCUAUGUUCAAAAGACUGUGGCUGGCAUAUGGCACGCGGUCCGUUCAUAUGCAGGCCUGAGCUUGCACAAUAGGCUGGGCCUUUUGGUCCCCAAUGAUGAGUUCCUACAACAGUUCAAGCAACUCCUCGAUUUGGCUCUGAAGGAGCAUUUUCCAAUGAGAGACUUUGAGCUGGUUACGUAUGAAGAAUCCCUGUCUAUUUUACCCCCGGAUCUUCAGGCAGGGCUGGCUGUUGAUGACAAAGGUGGACAAAGUGAAAUGAAUGAAAUGAGUGAAAUGAUCAUCUUGGACCACAUGGAAAACUGCAAAGGCUUAGAGAACCUGAUUGUCAUGUGCAUCGGUUUGGAUGAACCCAUUGGAACACAAUCAGAAACAGCGGCCACAAGAGCCCGACUGUAUCGAGGAAUCACUAGAGCUCAAGUCCAGGCCAUCGUUAUCAACGAACACAUCUCGGGUGGAUGGCUUGAAUUCCUGGGUUUUCUCAAAUACGAACCUGCGAAGUUUGAAGAAUCCAAAGCAUUGGAAGAAGCAAAAGCAGAGGCAGCUGCUCAAGUCAUUUCAGCCCGACCUGAACGCAAUCCAGAAAAGGAUGCUACUUUGACCGACACGUCGCGCAGUCACGCUUCAGAAAGCAAGAACCAAGAGAAGAAGACCUCUGCGGUGAAUGCCACCACGACCCUGGUUUGGGACACCGAUGACAAUGACCUGAAUACCGAUACCACAGCAGCCAUCCAGAAGCUGAUGUUCGAUCCUCGCGCUGGUUGGCUGAUUUUGUUUGCCUCUAAGUUUUGCUGCUGGUGCCUCAUGGUUUUGAAUUGCUUUGUUCACGGCUUGACCGGAACAACACCUGCAAGAAGAUCCAGAACAAGUCGCAGCCGACGAAGCCGCGGCUGCGAAAUACGACCACAUCGCCCGCGCGGCGCAAAACGGCAACCUCCCGGCCGUCCGGGGCCACCUGCGCCGCGACCGCGGCAGCCUCGACCGACUCUUCGAUGGCCUGUCAGCGCUGCACCUGGCAGCCCGGAACGACCACCCGGCGGUCGUGGCGUUCCUCGUGGCGAAGGGCGCCGCCGUGGACGUCCUUGGCGGCCGAGGCCGUGCCACUCCGCUGCACUUUGCAGCAAUCUACGGCCGCGUGGAGUGCGCCCAGCAGCUGCUGGCAGCAAAGGCCUCCGUGGACAGCAAGGACAUCAACGGCGACACGCCCUUGGACCAUGCGAGACAAAACGGCCACACGGAAGUGGUGAACCUGCUGAUGGAAAAAGCAUGAAAUGUAAGGUUUGCUGAUUUCGACAUAUUUCAAUUUCGGGCCAAAGGUGCCUUUGGAGAGCAUCGUGUGAAAAGAUC